CCUUAAGCUUUGUAGCGCUGUGGCUAUAUAUAAAGCCCUACGCUGGAAACUGAAGUACACAAACAGCUGCGAUAGUAGCAAGCGCUUCACAUUCCCACUGUGCCAACAGACUGGAAGCAAGGAAGACCGCGAGCCCUGCUUUGAACAAGUUUCUUUACCAGGGGCUUAGAUAUAAACAUAUUCAUAAAUAUAUAUCUAUAAAAGAAGGAUUGGGAAAAAAAGGAGGAAGGUCUUCACCAUGGGUUUGCCUUUAGAUCAAGCGGAAGAAUUGCGUCUUUACCAGCAAACUCUUCUCCAGGAUGGACUCAAAGACAUGUUGGACCACAAUAAGUUUCUGGACUGUGUCUUGAAAGUCAAGGGAAAAGAGUUUCCCUGCCAUCGGCUGGUACUGGCAGCAUGCAGCCCAUAUUUCCGAGCAAUGUUCCUCUCGGACAUGGAAGAGAGCAAGAAGAGGGAGGUCAGUUUGGAAGAUGUUGAUCCAGAUGUCAUGGGCAAGAUCCUCCAUUAUAUCUACACCUCUGAGCUGGAGAUCACAGAACAGAAUGUGCAGGACAUCUUCUCCGUGGCCAACAUGUUCCAGAUCCCCUCCAUCUUCACUGUUUGCGUGUCCUACUUGCAGAAGCGGCUCUGCCUCAGCAACUGCUUGGCUAUCUUCAGGCUGGGCUUGAUGCUGGAUUGUGCCCGGCUGGCCGUGGCAGCUAGGGAUUUCAUCUGUGAUCGCUUUGCGCUGGUUUCUCGUGAUGAGGAGUUCUACCAGCUGUCCCCCGAUGAGCUUAUUGCAAUCAUCUCCAGUGACUCCCUCAACAUUGAGAAAGAGGAGACUGUCUUCGAAGUAGUGAUGAAGUGGGUGGGGACCAAGGACCAUGACAGCCGGCAGAAGGCCUUGCCUGUCAUCUUUGAAAGCAUCCGCUUCCGCCUCAUGCCCAAUGACUACAUGAAGGACCACGUGGAAAAGCACGCGAUGGUGAAGUCCAGUCCAGAGCUGCUCAAGAAACUGCAAAUGGUGAAGGACGCCCAGAAAGGCAAAUUCACUGUGGUGAGGAAGAAGAAAGUGAAGAAAAGCAAUGAAAAACAAGAGAAAGACAAUGUUGUCAAUGGAGCAGUAGAUGAGGAGGAAGAUACAGAGGAGGAUGCUCUCCCAGGGAUCUUAAACGACACAAUGCGCUUUGGGAUGUUCCUCCAGGACCUUAUUUUCAUGGUGAGCGACAGUGGAGCAGUGGCCUAUGAUCCCACUGCCAACGAGUGCUAUUUUGCCUCCCUGUCUACUCAAAUCCCAAAGAAUCACGUCAGUCUGGUGACCAAAGAGAAUCAGAUCUUCAUUGUUGGAGGACUGUACUACAAUGAGGAUAGCAAAGAGGAUCCCAUGAGUUCCUACUUCCUACAGUAUGACCAUCUGGACGCAGACUGGCUGGGAAUGCCUCCCCUGCCUUCCCCUCGCUGCCUCUUUGGCCUGGGAGAGGCAGAAAACUCUAUUUUCGUGGUCGGAGGAAAAGAACUGAAAGAGGGAGAGAAGACUUUGGAUUCGGUCCUGUGCUACGACCGGCUGUCCUUCAAGUGGGGUGAAGCUGAUUCCCUUCCCUAUGCAGUCUAUGGCCAUGCGGUGGUAUCGCACAAUGGUCUCGUCUAUGUCAUCGGUGGAAAAGGAAGCGAUAAGAAGUGCCUGAAAAAGAUGUGUGUCUACAACCCAUCCAAGUUUGAGUGGAAAGAGCUAGGUUCCAUGAAGACUGCCCGCUCCUUGUUCGGAGCCACUGUGCAUAAGGACAAGAUCUACGUGGCAGCUGGUGUGACUGACUCCGGCUUAACCAACUCAGUGGAAGUCUAUGACAUUGCCACCAACAAGUGGGAAACCUUUACUGAGUUCCCGCAGGAGCGCAGCUCCGUCAGCCUGGUGAGCUUGGCUGGGGUGCUCUACCUGCUUGGAGGCUUCGCCACAGUGGAGACAGAGUCGGGAGAGCUGGUGCCAACGGAGCUGAACGACGUUUGGAGAUAUGAUGAAGAGCAGAAGAAGUGGGAAGGGGUCCUCCGGGAGAUCCAGUACGCCUCUGGUGCCACUUUCCUUCCCGUCCGCCUCAACGUUUUGCGCCUAACGAAGAUGUAGCAAAGCCUGAUUUAUUUAUUUUCCAGGGGGGUCUGGGGCAAGGAGGGAUGGGGGGACGUGAGGCCAUGCUUAUCAGCACAGGGAUGUGGCAUCUGCAUACUGUGUAGGACAUUGCAUCUGUGAUUGAUACCUUUUUACUUAAAUGGGAAAGGGAGGAAAUUAUCUUGAAGCCCUAUGGGAACCUGAAGAUGCUCACAAGAUAACUAGAGAAGGAGAGAAGCGUUCUGGAGCCUGCAAGGAGCUGGGGUAGACUGAGAAGCAUGGAGCAAUGAGCUGUUCCACUAUCACUAGACAGGACAAAAAGAUCAUACGCUUGUUCUGCUUCUUUCUCCAUGCUUUCCCUAUCUUCUCACCUGCUGCUAAACCUCCCCAGCCGACAGUGAAGGCAGAAAGUGGGUCCAAAGGAGCUAAGUUGACAUUCUCCAAAGAAAUGGGCCUAUGAAAUAUUUCCCCACUUAAGGUAGCUGUGAACAUAGUGCUAGAGCCCACCUUGGAGAAGAAAAGGAAGGGUAGGAGAAGUAGUAGAGCAAAGACCUGGGGGAAACUUGAUGAGUUUCCAAGUGAUGAGGGUUGUUGGAAUGAGACAGUUAAAAGAAAAGAGCAAGUGAGCAUGGGCAGGAGAAACAGUGGAAGUUGCUAUGAAAAGAGUCUUAGUUUUUUACCUCCUCCUUGACUUUUGGAGGCCAGGAGAUGAGGGCUGCAGAAAGGGAAAAGCUGUGCAAGUAGCAGGGUAGGAAAGCAGGGAGUGAUGGGAACAGUAGGCCAUAUGAGUUCAUCUUCAGCCUUUUGGGGUCCUCAUCUUCAAUCACAGAUUACAAUGUCCUCACCUAUAGAUGGACAAGUGCUGUUUUUCAGGGAAAGGUUUUAUAUUAAUGCUGUUUCUCUCAUUUUUAAUGUUGUAACUUUUGUUUGUUUGUUUUUUUAAGAGUAUUCUAGCUUGCUGGGUUCAUGGAGAUCUCAGAUGUGUUCGGCUCUAGGACAGCCUCCUACUGAGGAAAAAUGCGUAUUUAUUUUAAAGUUAUCCAUAAUGAUGCUUUGACAGAAACAUGACUGUACUGGCAGCAGGACAAAGAUCUGCUAGAGCAGAAAUCUCCUCAUGCCCACACCAUCUGAGCAGUGGUUUAUUUAAAAAUAAAUUAUUAUGCUAUUUCAGAAGAAA